CAAAAUAAGGCAAAUGUCUGUCUUGUAAAGUGAGGGCGGUUAAAAUGCACCUAAAAGUAGAAUAUAACGAAAAAUGGUAUUUACACCAUCGACAAAGGGGAACGCUGUUGCUGUUUAUGUAAAAUAGACUAUAUAUUAUGAAGCAUAGGUUUAUUUUAACCGAGAGAGUAUGUGGAGGAUUUCAAUUCUCUCAAUGAAGGAAUUUCGGAGUUUGAAUCAAAUCAAUUGCCUCCUCCCAAGCUAUACUCUACGGCAUUGUGUUGAUUUGAGUUGAAUCUUUCUCUUUAUAACAACGUGUAAGCAACACCCAUCCAUCCAUCCAUUGAUUCAUCCAUUCGCUGACAUGUCUAUAGUAGAAGAUGCCUCCCAAGUUCGAUCCUUCCGAGGUUAAGAUUAUCUACCUUCGUGCUACUGGUGGUGAAGUCGGUGCUUCUUCUGCCCUUGCCCCCAAGAUUGGUCCUCUUGGUUUGUCUCCCAAGAAGGUCGGUGAAGAUAUCGCCAAGGGUACCAAAGACUGGAAGGGUCUCCGUGUCACUGUCCAAUUGACCAUUCAAAACCGUCAAGCCCAAGUCUCUGUUGUUCCCUCUGCUUCUUCUUUGGUCAUCAAGGCUCUUAAGGAACCUGUUCGUGACCGUAAGAAGGAAAAGAACAUCAAGCACUCUGGUAACAUCUCUCUUGAUGAUGUGAUUGAAAUUGCCCGUACUAUGCGUUUCAAGUCUUUGGCUCGUGAACUCAAGGGUACUGUCAAGGAAAUCCUCGGUACUGCUUUCUCUGUUGGUUGUACUGUUGAUGGUCAAAACCCCAAGGACCUUGGUGAUGCUAUCGAUGCUGGUGAAGUUGAAAUUCCCGAAAAAUAAAUUGUUUCAUGCGUGUUCAAUAAACAAUAUUUUCAAUAUGUCGUACGUUUGGCAAUUUUUUUUCUUGUAAUGAUCAUGUAAAAGUGUCUACCAAUGACGCCAACAUGAUAGCCGGGUAUUGGGUAAACUAGACCGUUGUUCCCUUGAAUCCGAUUGGAUUAUCCUGCUUAUAAAUUAUUAAUUCAGGUUUCUCCAUUGUGUUUUUUUUUUCUUUCUUCUUCUUUAUAAACCAUGUCAGACAU